AUUUGAAUUUGAGCCAACUGAAUAAUAUUCAAACAUGGAAGGAAAAAGCCAAGGUGUAUUACAAGAAAUUCAGAUGAAUUUUGGAGACGAUACUCCUGAAAAACAAGAAUUUAAAGUUAAUUUCUUAGAAACAGAGAUGCUUGGGACAAACGGAAAACUUUCUCUAGGUCCAUCAGCCUAUGAAACAGCCAAAGAUUUCCUUGAUAAAGAGGAUCAUGAGAACACAGUGAAGUUUCUCAAAUUUCAAGGUUGUGAAGAUGAAGAUGAUGAAUCUCCAAAAGAAGAGACUAAGGAAGACGAACUCUCAGAUAGAAGAGACUCCAUCAGCGAUGUCAGCAAUGAUGAUAUCAAUGAUUCUCAGCCAUUUAAUGAACUUGACCAGAUCGGCACAAUCCAAUUCUUAAAGAAGAACUAUGACUAUUAUAUUGAAAGAGUCUACAACAAUGUCAAGGUUGAAGAAUUCAAAGGUAAAGGAGUUACUAAAGGAAGCGAAUUUGAGGAAUUAACCAAGCUUGACCCAGAGAAAUCCAAGGUCUUAGAAGAUGCUGCACUUGAAUUUGUAGUCUGUCCUCAAAAAGCAAAAGAUAUUUUGUUAGAGAACAAGAUCACUGAUCAUAGUCCAGACCAUUUCGCCAAGUUUCUCUAUUGCAUGCCAAUAGACUUGACUGCUAAGACUAAGUUUAUGUUCUUAAAUACUGAUGACUUUGCUUUGAAAGCGAAGGGUAAGUUCGUUGAAUGCUUCUCUUUCUUCGAUAUGAGAAUCAAGGAGUUCUUAUUAACGAUCCUGACAAAAUGUUGCCCACCUUCAGACUUUGAGAAGAGACAAGCUUUCUAUCAGUUCUUUUGCGAAGAAUACUCCAAUCAGAACCCUGACAAGAUUAUCUCAGGAGAUAAUCUCAUCAUGAUCUUGAACUGUCUAUUCUUUUUCAUCGAGAAGCAGAGGAAGAAAUUGAAACACUUCAAGGUGACAUUUGAGCAGUUCUUGACUUAUGUGGAGGACACUGGGGAGAACAUAAUCACUCUUAAGGAAGCUGACCAAUAUUACAAACAAAUCCAAGAAGGAAAGUUCCUUCCUCACGAUCUAGACAUCCGUGUUGGCUCUGAAGGCAAGUAUGCUGCUGACAAAAAUGUUGAUUUUAUCAGAAAAGUUAAAAAGUUUGCCUGGAAGGCUACUCCAGGUGAUAUCUUCUUCUGGGAGCGUACCAAGAUGUAUAAGCUUGAAAUGAAAGGACUCAAGAUCCGGAAGAAGGAAAUUGCUCUCAACCAGCAAGAAACCAAACUUCUGUGGUUUAAGGAAGGCAAGAGUAGCUCCUCUUCUCUUAAGCUGAAUGAUAUCACUGAUGUUGAGAUCGGGAUCACAGAUAUUUUUCUGAAGUAUAUGAAGGAAGCAAAGUUCCAAGAACUAAUUCAGGAAGCAGAGCUCUGCUUAUCAAUCAGAACGGACAAGAGGUCAUUCGACUUCUAUGGUACUUCUACCAGAGAUGUGCAGACUUGGUAUGAUAGGCUGAAGUCAGUCGCUGAAGUAAACAAAAUGAAGAAGAUCGACCAAUAUGCUGAAGAGAAUCAAGAGCCCUCUCUUAUUGAAUUUAAAUAUGAUAGAGUCAAAGAAGUAGUUUGGGAAGACAAAAUUAUCCCAAAUUGGCAGAAAUACUUCAAUUUUGUUGAGGAUGAAAUUACCCCAAAGGAUUAUAAAGAUCUUAAGAUCAAGUACGAAGUUCCAAAGGUCUCUAAAAAGCCUGAAGAAGGACUUAAGAUGAAAGUCAGAGUGAAAACCAUGAAAUUUAGUAACUUAAUCAUGGCUGGAAUUCCCACUAAGAUUAAAGCUAUUGUUUACCCUGUCUUUAUCAAGAAUCGUCAAAAUAUGACUCAGGUGCUUUAUGACUCUCUAGACACAAAUUUCAGAACAGAAUAUGGCACAAAUCCAAUUCUUAAAGACAAGUACCAGAUAGCUGUCUCAUCUUGCAUUGAUCAAUACAGAAAUAUUUUAGAGAAAUCAUUGAUUGACUUUGAAGAAAUCUCUGAGAAAAUGGUAAAGAUGCUGUACAUUUUCUUCGAAAUCCACAGAAGAGAUAUGUAUUUCUGUGGGCAUGAUAUCAUAAUGCUUUGCUUCCACUUUGUGUUGUAUUGCCAUUCAGAUUAUUCUGCUUACAAGUGCUUCUCAAAUUUGGUGCUAAAUAACGAUCAUAUUGUAAACAAUCUUCAGCAGAAAGGAGUCGAUGAGGAAGCUAUGUUCAACACAAUUGAGAAGAACACUAUUUGUAUCUCAGAAAUUAGAGCAAAAACAAAGUCUGAUGCCUCAACUGAGUUCAUCAUCAAAAAGCUUAAGACUGAUUUUUCAGAAUGGGGCUCAAGAGCCAUCACAAGAAUCACUAAGAGCGGAUUGAAACUGAAAGAUUACAUAAACGAUCUCAGGAUGUCCUUCCUGACAUCAGAACUUCCUCUAGAUUUUACAUCAAUUGUAUUAGAUCAUUACAUUCUUAGAGGAGAGUACCAGCUUGCAUGCAUAAUUCUCAGAUACCUUAAGCUGAAAUGGGAUGAGAUGAGGACAGUUAAGAACAAAGGACUAACUGUAACUCACCUUUUCAAUCCAAAAUUUACCCUAAAUCUACACAAGAAGGACCAUUUCAAACAGUUUAAGGAGCUUGAAGGGAAAUAUAAGAUGAAAGUCCAGAUGAAGAACAUUUUGGACGCCCAAAUUAGGAUGUCAUAAUUCAAUUCACUGUAG